UCCAAGCGCGCUUGUCACCGACGUAACGAUGGAUGAAAUGGGAGUGUUCGUGGACAAGUGCGUCGACCGAGAGCCGGAGACGAAACGAUCCUCGUUGUUGGAUUUGUUAGGCACCGCACUUCAAAGCCUCUUGAUAUACCCAGGUACCAAAUGGUGUGGAGCUGGCGACAUUGCCAAGAACUACGACGACUUGGGGAGGGCCAAAGAUAUUGAUAUGUGCUGUCGCGACCACGAUCACGCCUCAGACAACAUAUUGGCAUUCCAGACAAAGCACGGAAUCAAGAAUUAUAGGUUCUAUACAAUGACCAACUGCGACGACGAUGAGAAGUUCUUCAACUGUCUUGUGAACUCGAGUAAUGUUGUUACGGCAUCCGUCGGCAUCGCUUACUUUGAUAUGCUCAGAACCAAGUGCUUCAAGUACGGACAUCCUUUAAAAUGCACCAGCUACAAUCCGUUUCGCAUGCUGCUUGUUCGACCACCUUGCAAAAGCCAAGUGGAAGACACGUCGAAACCUAAGAGAUGGAGUGUCGAGUACCCGCCGAAUUUCUUAGAGGCUUUCGUUAACAGGAAGAAGUGCGACCUUAGGAAUGCGCUCUCGGCACCAGAGGAUGAUGGCACGGAGUAUUAAAACUGAUGAUGCCGCGGAACUAACUACACAGCGAAAUACG